UGCAGCUCUUCUAGAUGAUUCCAGAAUGAAGAAUUUCACGUCAUGCUUCAAAGAAAAAAAUUUCUGGAGUUCUUCUUUCGCCGGCUGCAGUAUAAUGACACUGGGAAGUAUACAGCAGAAUUUCCAUUCAUCUCUCCAUGUGGACGGGAGAUGAAUUUUGUCCGCUGUGAUGACCUGCCCUUCGUCUUCACGCACAUUGUACAAUUGCCCGAAGAAAGCAAAGAGCCAGGUUCAAAAGGCUUCCUCUUACACAAUUAUGCAGGCAACCUACUGAAAGUUGAGUUUACACCACAGCACCUUUGCAUGCCUGCUGGCACAGGGAGGGUCUAUCACCCAGCACCUGAAAGGGCAGGUGGUGUUGGGCUAAUACGUUCACUCUUGGCUAUUGAGCUUAGCAAGCAUUUUACUUUUGCUGAUGACAGUGAUAAGUCUCCACCUACUCACUUUGACUGGGAUGGCACUCGCUACAAGCUAUCAAAUAUUCUCCUGCCUGUCAUCAAUAAGGUGUCUCGUUGGAAUGGAACAGAAUAAUGAGUGUGACUACAAAAUCAGUUGCACUGCAUGAUUGUUUCAAAGGAAAA